AUCCGAAACAUGCAUGCCCUUAUCCAUUUCACUUGGUACUUCCACACGACACACCUACAUCAUCAACACAAACAAAGAAUGAGAAAUGCUCAGUAACCCACCCCUUUGAGUUUUGAUUGCUAAGUAAUGGCGCUACUACGUCUUCUCUGUUUCACUUCAACAAAUCAAUUAUCCACACAGCACUAUUCCCAAUUAACCUCUCACAACAAACCUCAUUCCCAAUCCAUCAACGUCAUCACCAAUCCCUCUUCCUUACACCUUCAACGUUUAUUCCUUGCUCAUACCCCAAUCCUUAUUGCAACCAAACAAACCUCUAAUUCCACUCUCAGACUUGCCUCCACUUCCCAACAACAAAUUCAAGAAACUGAAGCGGACGCUGAAGAAGAAUUUUCUCGCACGAGGUUGCUCGCUCAGAACGUGCCUUGGACAAGCACCCCUGAAGACAUUCGCUCUUUGUUCGAGAAACAUGGAAAAGUUCUCGAAGUCGAGCUUUCAAUGUAUAACAAAAACAGAAACCGGGGUUUGGCGUUUGUGGAAAUGGGUUCCCCAGAAGAGGCUCUUGCGGCUUUCAACAGUCUCGAAGCGUAUGAGUUCGAGGGUCGUGUAAUAAAACUAAAUUAUGCUCGGCCAAAGAAGAAGAAAACACCGCCCCCUGUGAAACCAAAGCCAGAAGUGACAUUUAACUUGUUUGUUGCAAACUUGUCCUAUGAAGCGAGGUCAAAAGAUCUUAGUGAGUUUUUUAAUGCGGGAACUGGUAGAGUUGUUUCUGCUGAGGUUGUUUUUCAUGAUAAUCCUAGAAGGUCGUCUGGUUAUGGAUUUGUGUCCUUCAAGUAUAAGAAAGAAGCUGACGCAGCUCUGUCUGAGUUUCAAGGAAAGGAUUUUAUGGGAAGGCCUAUCAGGGUGGCACGGGGUCGGCGAUUUGUUCAACAACCGGUGGAGGGGAGGGCAACGUCUGAAGAUAACUCCUCUGAGUUGAGUGUGAAUGGGACAGAGGGUGACAAAGCUGAUUGAUAUCACUUUUCCCCCGCUGCAUAUCAAUAUCGUUGAUGUUGUAUCAUGUAUGUCCUUGCUUCAGACAUUUUGAUUGUUUGCUCAUUCUUACUGAUAAUGAGAAGUCUAUGAUUGGUUUAGAUUGUAUGUGUUUUACAGGUGGUUUGAACCUGUGUCAACCAGAGGCCUCAAGAUAUACAAGGAAUGAAUAGGUGUAAGCACGAGCAUUUCUGUGAUUCAAGAAUGGAUAAUCAAUGUAAAUCAAUGAUCACAUUUCCAUAUGAAUUGAGAUAUCUUCAUUGCAUUAUUUUAACAAAUUUUGGCAUGUUACUAGAUCAAACUGAGAAACAUAAGUAUAUUAGUGAUGUUUGCAUUUUCACUGGUCCGUGGCUACUUUACAAUGACUUGUAGUCUAAUAAUUUUUUGUUAUUUUAUUGAGUAAUUUAAGAAUAUUGGUUUGGAAUCCACCUGAAAGAAACUAAAUUACACCAUUC